AUGUUUGCAGGAUACAGCUCGAAGAAACGCAUCAACGAGCGGUACAAGAUCGUAGGCUUCAUCAGUAGCGGGACCUAUGGACGCGUCUACAAAGCAGAAGGCAAGAAUGGCCGCAUCGGAGAAUUCGCCAUCAAGAAGUUCAAGCCGGAUAAGGAAGGCGAACUUCAGUACUCUGGCAUCUCACAGUCCGCAAUAAGGGAAAUGGCUCUCUGCACGGAGCUGGCACACUCUAAUGUUGUUCACACGUCCGAGAUCAUACUAGAAGACAAGUGCAUCUUCAUUGUCUUUGAAUAUGCAGAGCACGAUCUUCUCCAGAUCAUCCACCACCACAAUCAGCCUCAGCGCCAAGCCAUACCGGCACGAACCAUCAAGUCGAUAUUAUACCAGCUGUUGAAGGGUCUUGUUUACCUUCACCGUAACUGGGUCAUGCAUCGCGACUUGAAGCCCGCUAACAUCAUGGUUACGAGAGAGGGGAAGGUCAAGAUUGGGGAUUUGGGUCUAGCUCGUCUCUUCCACAAGCCUCUUCAGUCAUUGUUUUCGGGCGAUAAGGUUGUCGUCACGAUCUGGUACCGAGCACCAGAGUUACUGCUUGGCAGUCGCCACUACACACCAGCGGUCGAUCUUUGGGCUGUAGGCUGCAUCUUUGCUGAACUACUGUCUCUGCGGCCUAUCUUCAAGGGCGAAGAGGCGAAGAUGGACAACAAGAAGACUGUGCCCUUCCAGCGUAACCAGAUGCAGAAGAUUGUCGAGGUCAUGGGCUUGCCAAGUAAAGACCGCUGGCCACUACUGCCCGCUAUGCCUGAGUAUCCCCAGCUUACGUCGCUCAUCGCGGGUAACGCAGCACGCUAUCCUCGCCCGCAGGGUGACGGCCUAGAACGAUGGUACCACCAGACACUGAAUAACAACCACUACCCUGUUGGUACCGGACCGGACACGCCUGGCCAGGAAGGAUUGUCCCUCCUCAAGCAGCUUCUCGAGUACGACCCACUCAAGCGCCUGACAGCUGAGAAGGCGCUCGAGCAUCCGUACUUUACCGUACACGGCAAGCCUGCGGAGAGCUGUUUUGAGGACUCCAAGAUCAAGUAUCCUGUUCGAAGAGUCAGCCAGGAGGACAACGACAUCCGUACGUCCGGCCUGCCAGGCACGAAGAGGAGCGGGCUGCCAGAUGACUCGUUGAUCGGCCGACCAGCAAAGCGUCUCAAGGAAGGAUGA